CUUAAAAGUCCACAUCCUCUCCUCAAGCCCCCUAUAGCCGCCUCCCCAUCUCCUUCCCCCGGGCCUCAUAUUUUCAUUUUCGUUCAAAACAUUUUCUCUCUACCUUCUCGAAUUAGAAAGGGCAAAAAAAAGAAAAGCAAAAAGAGGGGAAAAAACGAAAAAGAAAAACCUUGGCCAUGGCUCAUCAGAAGAGAGAGAAAGAAGAGACGGAACUCAAAGUUCCGGAAUCUCUAACACUAUGUACCCCAACAAUCCCAGUACCUCCACCGCAGCUCGAUGAUCCGAGAUCUAAUUCUGCGAGAUCGCCUGAGAGCUCAGAUCCGAAACUCUUGGUCAACGGGGACAACAAUCUAAGAUCUAGCCCGUUGUCACCGGAGAGAUCGGAUCUGAUCUCUGUCGGAGCUGUCGAUGGAAAGGCGGUGGAAUUAAAUCGGUCGUUGAAAAGGCCGAGGGACGCUGUUAAUCGGUGUUCGUGUACUGGGUGUAGGAGAAAAUUGGGUUUAAUGGGGUUUCGGUGCCGAUGCGGGGACAUGUUUUGUUCCGAGCACAGGUAUUCCGAUCGGCACGAUUGCAGUUAUGAUUACAAGACUGCUGGGCGAGAGGCGAUUGCUCGGGAAAAUCCGGUGGUCAAGGCCCCGAAGAUUCUCAAGGUGUGACGUUGGAUGAAUCUCAAUUCUUGGUUCGUGAAGCUAUUAAGUUGGGUCAGCUCAGCCCAUCUCAGCUGCAACCCAGCAAGGGAGCCUCAAAGGGGGAAGCGGCCUGGGGGAAAUUCUCUGUAUCAUGGGAUUUGAGAGAUGGGGUCAUGGGGGUGUUUUUCGUUGUAAAUUUGAUAGCGGAGUGAGGGUACUAUUGUCAUUUAAAUUCUAUUAUAUGAUUACUCUGGGAGUAGAAAUCCUUCUUUGCC